AUGUCUUCAGUAAAACCCGCCAUUGAUAAACUUCUAAAAUCCUAUAACAAAGAAACACCGCAGAAUCUAAAACUCAUUGAUGCUUAUCUCGCGUUUAUUCUUGUUUCGGGCAUCUUGCAAUUUGUAUAUGUAAUCUUAGUUGGUACAUAUCCGUAUAAUGCCUUUUUGGCAGGUUUUAUUUCAACAGUGGGGCAAUUUGUGUUAGCAGCUGGUCUACGGAUACAAACUAAUCCGAAUAAUUCUGGCCAAUUUAAGACAAUUUCUCCCGAGAGGUAUUAA